AUGCUGCUCUCUUCAAGCCCCAGAAAGACGUUCUCUCGUAGUCUACACAGUCAGGUUUCGUCACAGAACUGGCAUGUUGAUAUUGCUGUCUACAAACCACCAUAUCAUUUUAACCGCCGACAUCACUACUCCCUUGGCCAUCAAGUGAGCGACGGCCGUGGGGUAGCACCAGCUGCAACAGAGCCAUCCAUUGGCAUCAUCCAGCACGCCAAACACUCUACACUCGCGCCUCAAAAGCACACUCAAAAGACAGAACAAGACCAUGCCUUGUCUCCGUCACCGCCAUCAUCCCUGGCCAUCCUCCCUUUAAGCACCGUGCUACGCUCGUUGGCAAUCACCACAUGCACCUCAGUACCAGCGCUACUGGGGCCAGCUCUAAGCUCGCUCUCAGUUCUGGCACACUCCAAGUCCGCCAUCCUGAACCCAGAUAAGAAUGGCGUUCUAAAGUCUCUCCUUCGCCAGACUAUAUACUCGCAGUUUUGUGCCGGAGAGACACCAGCGGAGGUCCGGAAGACAAUGUCCGAUUUGAAGCAGCUCGGAUACGCAGGCGUGAUUCUGGGUUAUGCCAGAGAAGUCGUUAUGGAUGGAGACGAGGCGUCGAAGAUGGGGGCACAAUCCGUCAAGACCGGGAGAGAAGCCGCCGAGGAAGAGCGACGCCUGCGCGAAAUCGACGAAUGGAAACGGGGCACCAUGCAGACCGUCGAGCUGGCCCAGGAAGGCGACUUUGUGGCCUUGAAAUUCACCGGUGCUGGUCGACAUGCACUCCGGCAUCUCGUCCAUGGUCUUCCGCCAUCCCCGGAUCUUGAAAGGGCCAUAACGGAAAUCUGUGACCAGGCUAGAGAGCGUAAGAUCCUGCUUCUGUUUGAUGCUGAGCAGCAUGCUGUCCAGGAUACUAUCGAUGCUUGGGUUCUUGACUUGCAGCGGAAAUAUAACGGGUCGUUCACUAUGAAGGGGAAGCCUCACGCUCUUAUAUAUAACACAUAUCAGGCCUAUCUUCAGUCUACCCCGAAGACACUUGCGAGACACCUCGCAAUCUCGCAGAGAGAAUCAUUCGUGCUCGGCGUGAAACUCGUCCGAGGGGCGUAUCUCAAUAGCGACCCUCGUCAUCUCUUCUGGCCCACCAAAUCGGAGACUGAUCAUUCCUACGACACUAUCGCGCAGUGCCUAAUCACGAGACAAUACAACGAUUUCCUGAAACGCGAAGAAACAGCAGCAGCUCCGCCCCCUUCUUUCCCCCAAGCAGAUCUAGUGCUAGCAGGUCAUAAUCGCGCGUCCGUGGCAAAAGCCCGAGCUCUUCGCGACGAACAGGCCCGGCGGGGAGAGCCAUUGAUCAAGAUGGUUUAUGGGCAGCUUCAAGGCAUGGCAGACGAUAUCAGCUGUGAGCUGGUCCAUCAUUCAAUGACAGCAGCAGGAGGAACAAAACACACAUCUGGCAGGCAACUGUCCGGUGAAAUUCCACAGCCAUAUAAGUAUCUUGUCUGGGGCACAGUCGGAGAAUGCACCAAGUACCUUCUCCGGAGGGGCCAUGAGAAUCGAGAUGCAGCCUCCAGGACAAGGGACACCAGGGCAGCCAUGUUGAAGGAAUUGAAGCGGCGCAGCUUGCUAGGUUGA